UGAGAAUUUAUAGUUUUUAAGAUUCUCUGUCUCUGACCAUAGUGUGACUUGUUGUUGCCACCGUUUCACAAUUCCCUCGUUUCAUUUUCUUAACCAUUUCUCUACCUCCUUCUCUCUUCUAUAUUCUCUAUCUCUUUCUUUCAUAUUCGGCUAACUAUACCCAAUUAUUUUAUUUAUUAUUUUAAAAAAAAAUUGAAAAAAAAAGGAACUACCCUCUUCUGCUGCUGCUGUGCUGCAUGUUGUUAAUCUCAAGCUCCUUACUUGUUGUGAUAAUCAGAUUUCAUGCCUUUGAAAAUGGAUCCUAAUUUCAACUCCAGUUUCCUCAAUGGAUUUAGAUUCAACCAAGUUCCCACUAUCCCCAAUGUAGAGGAACAGUGCCCUGAUCCUGUAAAUGGGUUGGAAACCAUGAACUUUGGAUUCAUGAAUGACCCUUUUCUUCUUCCACCUGAUCAAAACAAUUCUCAAAAUCCUACUUCUUCUAUUUCCACCAUUACUGCAGAUGAAGAUUCUCCCUUGGAUGACACCGAUUUCUCUGCAACCGUACUACGAUACAUAAACCAGAUGCUUAUGGAAGAGGACAUGGAGGAGAAGCCUUGUAUGUUCCAUGAUUCAUUGGCUUUACAAGCUGCUGAGAAAUCAUUGUAUGAUGCCAUUGGUGGGACAUACCCUCAUCUUCCUCCUCAUCCUCUUUCUUCUUCCAUACAGCAUCAAGCUCAAAACUACCACAAUGUUGAAAGCCCUGAUGAUAGCCUCUCUAGUAACUUCAGUAGUUAUAGUAGCGGCCUCAGCACCAUUAGUACUAGCAACUUGGUUGAGUCACAUUGGAGCAACUUUGACCCUUCAGAGUAUAAGCCUUCUAUACUACAAACGGCGAGUUCGAACCCCGGCACACAGUCUUCCACGAACAAUAGAAAUAGCUUUACUACAGCCAACAAUGGUGGUGGAUUGUUGGGGAGUUCAGGUGCUGGAUUUUUCGAUUCAUCAUUUCUGAGCAAAAGUGAGUCCAUGCUGCAGUUUAAGAGGGGAAUGGAGGAAGCCAGUAAGUUUCUUCCUAAGGGGAAUCCACUGGUUAUUGACUUGGAGAAUAGCACCUUUAACCCUUCUUUUCAAAAGGCUCCUCAGCAUGUGGACAUUAAGGAGGAGAGAGAUGAAAGGGAGUAUUUUUCUGGUGAGUCAAAAGGGAGAAAGAAUCACGAGCGGGAAGAUCAAGUGGAAUUACAAGAUGGGAGGAGCAACAAACAGUCUGCGAUUUACAGGGAAGACAGUGAGCUAUCAGAAUUGUUUGAUAAAAUACUGCUCGGCACAGGGUGUGGAAAAGAGGCACCUCCCAGAUGCAUUUGUGACGAAGACAAACCUAAUGGGCAAGACAAGAAUGUGCAGCAAAAGGAAGAAACAAACAAGUUUAGCAGUGGAAAGAAUCGUGUUAAGAAACAAGGUAAUAAGAAGGGAGUUGUUGAUCUGAGGACCCUAUUGGUUCUGUGCGCACAAGCUGUUUCAUCUGAUGAUCAUUCAACUGCUAAUGAGUUAUUGAAGCAGAUUAGACAGCACUCUUCACGUCUAGGUGAUGGGUCUCAGAGGCUGGCACAUUGUUUUGCAAAUGCCCUUGAAGCACGCUUGGCCGGCUCUGGCACCCAGCUAUACACUUCUCUGACCUCCAAAAGAAAAUCUGCUGCAGAUAUGGUGAAAGCAUAUCAAAUGUUUAUAUCAGCCUGCCCAUUCAAGAAGCUUGCUAUCAUUUUUGCUAACCAUACAAUUCUGAACCUACCCAAGCCCAAGGAAGUGGAAACUCUUCAUAUUGUUGAUUUUGGUAUCCGUUACGGCUUCCAGUGGCCUGCCCUUAUUUUUCGUCUAUCAAAUAGACCUGGUGGUCCUCGCAAGCUGCGCAUAACAGGGAUCGAGCUUCCACAACCAGGUUUCAGGCCAGCAGAGAGAGUCCAGGAGACAGGGCGUCGCCUAGCUAAGUAUUGUGAACGCUUUAAUGUUCCUUUUGAGUUCAAUGCUAUUGCACAGAAAUGGGAAACCAUCAAAAUUGAGGACCUGAAGAUAAAAGAAAAUGAACUUCUUGCAGUGAAUUGUAUGGUUCGGUUUAAGAAUCUACUUGAUGAGACUGUUGUGUUGAAUAGUCCAAGGGAUGCUGUCUUGAAAUUAAUUAGGAAGGCCAAUCCUAAUAUAUUUAUACACGCUACUGUCAAUGGGAACUACAAUGCCCCAUUCUUUGUGACACGGUUCCGGGAGGCUCUUUUUCAUUACUCUACAUUGUUUGAUGUGCUUGACACCAAUGUUGAUCGCGAAGAUCCAAUGAGGUUGAUGUUUGAGGAGGAGUUCUUUGGCAGGGAGGUAGUGAAUAUUAUAGCUUGUGAGGGUUCUGAGAGGGUUGAGCGACCCGAAACAUACAAGCAAUGGCAGGUUCGGAAUACAAGGGCAGGGUUUAGGCAACUCCCCUUGGAUGACCACCUCAUUCACAAACUAAGAUGUAAACUGAAAGAUGUGUACCAUGGUGAUUUCAUGCUUGAUGUGGAUGGCAACUACAUGCUUCAAAGUUGGAAGGGCCGAAUCAUUUAUGCUUCCUCUUGUUGGAUACCAGCAUAGGUGUGAACAUUUGACAAUGUUCUCCAUAGUUAGGAGUAGUACUUGAAGAGUUUGUAGGAGUCAUUGUCAUUUUAGGAUUCUGGUAAAAUCUAACAUGGAGAUAUCAUAAAGUUUCCAUGGUUGUAGGAGACAUUGUCAAAUGGUGUAGCAUAGUUUCAGUAAUAAGAAUACCUUGCACUUGGCUGUGUGUAUAAGUAUAAUACAAUUAAUAUUAAUGCUACCUGAAUGACUUAUAAAUAUG